AUGGCUUCAGAAGGGGAAAUGUCUCAAAUAAAAGCCGUCAUCUUUGAUCUGGGAGGUGUUUUGUACAGAUUCAGAGACUAUAAAGCGUUCAUCGGACUGCUGAACAAAGGUAAUCGAAAUCUGACCACUCAAUAGUCUCUUAGCUCAUACUGAUCCUGUUAUUAGGGAGAAAGUUCUGGCUUGGGAAACCGGAGAUGUAUCCACUGAGGCCGUUAGGGACAUUCUGGAAGAUGGGAUUGGGAAGCUCGUAGGUUUGUUUGUAUAGUUAUAAAGUCAUUUUAUAUUAGAAAUGACGUUAAUAUAAUGUAGUAAACUCAGAAAUAAGCUUUGCAGCCGGACGACGUGAGUAGUUUGGAAGAUGUCCCCUUCGAAUCGGUGAUGGGAAAACCUUUUGAUAAGAUCUGGGAUUCUAUUGAUAAGCUCCGAGAAAACAAAGUUAAGGUGGCCAUGCUGACAAACAACGGCUGGUGGACUGAUAAGAAGGAGAAGAGCACUAUUAUCAGCAAUACCGAGAAAUUUGACGUUAUCGUUGAGUCCUGCAGAGUUGGCCUCAGAAAACCUGAUCCAAAGAUUUUCGACGUUAGUUUUAGUUAUUUAUUUUUAUUUGGACUGUUAUAGAUCGUAUUACAAAAAUUGAACCUAAAGCCAAACGAAUGUGUUUUCAUCGAUGACCUUCCUAAUAAUGUGGAAGGAGCAAGCAAAUUGGGGAUAAACGCUAUUCAGGUGACUCUUUUUAUAAUAAUUUAAUAAAUCUAAUUCCAGAUGGUGGACGGAAAUGAAGAUCUCGUAUUGAAUAAACUGUCCAGCUACACCGGAAUCAAGUUCUGA